GUGACAGCACAGACAAAAUGUUGUGCAGACAGAUGAGAACUUGAACCAGUCACACAGACCUGAACACACACCAGAGACACACACUCAUGGUGGGAGCCUUCCGCUGUCUGGCAGUGAGGACGACUUGAGACCAGGAUCAUGAGCAAAUUAGCAAAAGCCCUCUAUGACAACACGGCAGAGUGCCCAGAGGAGCUGGCCUUCCAUAAAGGUGACAUCCUGACAGUGGUGGAGGAGAACGUGUCUGACACCAGCGGGUGGUGGAUGUGCUCUAUAUACGGACGCCAGGGACUCGCGCCAGCCAACAGACUGAAGCUGCUGCAACAAACUCCUGAGAAACCCAACAUCUAUCAGAUUCCAAACACCUCAAGAGUCUCCAGCAGUAACCCGGGCCAUGAUGACCAGCAAUCCUGGAAUAUAUAUGAAGUCCCAUCUACUCUGUCGUCAUCUUGUAAUAUUCCACGUUCAGCAGCAUCCAACCAGAAUGCUCUGGAUGAAAACAAGCCUUUACUUUUCAGCGUCAAACCAGAAGUGUACGAUGUCCCAAACCAACCAACGAAGGACUCUCCUAUCACAGCAUCAUCCUUGCCAACGCUGUCCAGGGAACACCCAUCCAUUCCAGUGUCACAGUUCAAGAAGAGAUUUGACUCUAAUGGUAGUGAUAGAUGCAGGAGUCUGGAAGCUGGAACCUUGACCUGUGCAGUUCCACCAUCUCAGCAUCAAUACCCUAACUAUGACAUUCCUGUCCCGUCUGCCAUGGAGGCUCGAGAGAAAAAACCUGACAGCUACAGCACACUUCCCAUCCCCAGCAAAAAUGAGUGGAUCUACGAUGUCCCCACAAGUCAAAGUCAUGAAAAACUGCCCUGCAACAGAGUGCAAUCCCUGAGAAGGUUUGAGCGAAUAAUUAGUCCACAAUCCUCGCUUUAUGAUAUUCCUAAACCAAAUAUGACAGAAUCCCCCAGUCCUCCCAAAGUUCUUCCAAGGGUGCCAGUUCGCAACAAGUCUCCAUCACCGAUAACAGAGAAUGUAGAUGCUCCAAAAGAAGAGGCUCCGUCUGAUUUCCCCAGGAAUCACCUCAGCGAUCACAUACCAUUGGAGUGCAGGAGAGACUCCGGCAACAGCCAUGACUUAACCCGGGUGCAUAUGUAUCGCGCAAAGAGUAUUCACAGCUGUUCACCUAUCCAAAAUUCAGAAAACAGACGGCUGUCAUUGACAAACGAGAACAUGAAACACGGGAGGAGUCAACGGAUAAGCACAGCAUCCAACUCAUCCACCAGCUCUUGCGAUUCUCUGCAGAUGAGCUCAGCUGAGCCGCAGCAAGUGGUCACGCUCAGCCAGGAAGAAGCCUGUCGCACACUUUCAGAGCUCCAGGAGUCCGUUAGCAGGGCUGUCCCAAAACUCAUGGAUUUUGUCAGCAGUCGCUGGAGGUGCCGAACACAUUUGGAACAGCACUUAGAAGAGAUUAAAACGGCGGCAGAGGUAAUUGCAGAUUCUUUGACACAGUUUCUUAAUUUUGCGUUGGACAUUAAAGGGAAUGCUCAGCGCUUAACUGACUCCCACCUGAAAACUAGACUCUGCAAACAGCUGUCUAUUGUGGAGGACUCCAGUGUGAUACUCAAACAGACAGUCAACUGUCUAAACAUAGCAGGGUGGCCUCUGGAUACACUGUGCCAGGACCCCAGCCAGCUGCAGACCCCUGACCAACUGGAACGUUUUGUGAUGGUUGCCCGCACUGUGCCCGACGAUGUCAAGCGCCUGGUGUCCAUUGUCAAUGCCAAUGGGAAGCUUCUAUUCAAAGCUUCGCCUAAAGAUCCAGAUGUGGAAAACCCAAACAGUGUGCAGGAGAUAAAGAAGAGUUCAGACCUCAGCCAAGUGAGGGGAGAACAGGAGGAGGAAGACAACGACUACGUGGAGCUACAGACGAAGACUGAUUGUGAAAAUCAGGAAAAGGAAGUGCACAAGGAAAAAGACGCCUUGCCCACCUCAAAGAAAGUCGAGUGUUCUGGUGACAAAGAGGAAUUUCGAUCCGUAACCCAGUCAGAGCACUGUCGUCUCUACUUUGGUGCUCUCCAGAAGGCCCUGGGAGGAUUUGUCAGCAGCCUGCGUGACGGCCAGCCACCGGAGAACUUCAUCUCCCACAGCAAACUGGUGAUCAUGGUGGGCCAGAGACUGGUGGACACCUUGUGCAGAGAGGCCCAGCGUCAAGGUUCCAGCCAGGUCCUUCUGUGUAAAAGCAACCACCUGUGUGCUCUACUGAAGCAGCUGGCUGUGGCCACCAAGAAGGCUGCGCUGCACUUUCCCGACAAGCAAGCUCUGCUCGAGGCUCAGGAGUUCGCUCAAGAUCUGGCCCAGAAAGCCCAGCAUUUCCGGGUGUCUCUUGACAUUUGACCACGUGAAUUCAAUUCUAGUAGUUCACCAUAUCAGAUCAUAACUACAGUAAUUCUGUAACAUUUGUUUAUCAAGAGAUGUGCCAUUUUUCCUCUGGAUUUUGUUGUUUCACAAGCAGUUUGUCAACAAACAGUCUGUGUAUAUGUAUAUAACCAAAGGUGCAAUGCAUUCCUUUACUCUUUCCACAAACAAAUGCUUGGCUCUUAUAUCUGCAUAUAUUUGAAUAUAAAGAUUGAGUGUGUCUUCG